GAGAGAGAGAGAGAGAGACCCGGUCCGGAGACGGCAGGAGUGCCACAUCUUUUUACGCGCUGGUGCGUAAAAGAUGGAGAAGGAAAGACGCGCGCGAGAGAGUGGCAUCUGCUGAGGGAGAGAGAGAGAGAGAGAGAGAGAGAGAGAGAGAGAGAGAGGACCGCACGAGCUCAUCAGCAUCAUCAGCCUCCUCAGCCCCGAGCGGGAUGAGAGGCGAAGGCGCGAGACUGAACAGCGAGCGAGCGAGAGACACCUUGGCAAACCGAAAGCGCGCAAAAGCGCGCGCCAGAAGCGUCCAGAAACGGGGACGAGCGCUCGAGAUUCGAGGGAAGUUCCACUGUGUUGAGCGCGGACAGUGAGAGGCGAUGGAGUCCAGCAGCAACGGAGUAGCGACGAAGGUGCGCGAGGCCAUGCGGGACCCAAAAAGGCAGAGGUCGGUGAUGCUGGUGAUCGUGUGCGUGGCGCUGCUGCUGGACAACAUGCUGUACAUGGUGAUCGUGCCCAUCAUCCCUGACUAUCUGGCCGGGCUGGAGAGCGAGGCCGAGGCGGAGGCCAAGGCGCAGGCGCAGGCGCGCGGAAACGGCACCGGCGCGUGGCCGACGAUCGCGCCGGUUAACCUGGACGUUAAAAUCGGCGUGCUUUUCGCCUCCAAGGCCAUCCUGCAGCUCGCGGUGAACCCCCUCUCCGGGCCGUUCAUCGACCGCGUGGGCUACGACGUGCCUUUACUCAUCGGCCUCACAGUUAUGUUCCUGUCCACGUGCGUCUUCGCGUUCGCCGAGAGCUACGGCACGCUGUUCGCCGCGCGCAGUCUGCAGGGUUUGGGCUCGGCGUUCGCGGACACUUCGGGAAUCGCCAUGAUCGCCGAUCGCUACGGAGAUGAGGAGACAGAACGCAGCCGCGCGCUCGGCCUCGCGCUUGCUUUCAUCUCCUUCGGCAGCCUGGUGGCACCGCCCUUCGGCGGGAUUCUGUACGAGCUCGCCGGCAAGCGCGUGCCGUUCUUGGUCCUCGCGUGCGUGUGCCUGGCAGACGGCUGCCUGCUGCUCGCUGUGACCAAGCCGUUCUCAAACCGCACCGCGCGCCAGAACGUGCCGGCCGGUGAGCCUGUCCACCGCCUGAUCAUGGACCCUUACAUCGCCGUGGUGGCCGGCGCGCUGACCGUCUGCAACAUUCCGCUGGCCUUCCUCGAGCCCACCAUCGCCGGCUGGAUGGAGACCACCAUGCACGCCACCAAGUGGCAGAUGGGCAUGGCGUGGCUGCCUUCCUUCUUCCCACACGUGCUGGGCGUCUACGUGACCGUGAAGCUGGCCGAGCGCUACCCGAGCAUGCAGUGGUUCUACGGCGCCGUGGGCAUGCUGAUCAUCGGCGCCAGCUCGUGCGUCGUGCCUGCCUGCAAAACCUUCGCGCAGCUGAUGUUGCCACUGUGUGGCAUCUGCUUCGGGAUCGCGCUCGUGGACACGGCGCUGCUGCCCACCCUCGCCUUCCUCGUGGACGUGCGCCACGCCUCCGUCUACGGCAGCGUCUACGCCAUCGCGGACAUCUCGUACUCCGUGGCCUACGCGCUGGGGCCCGUGGUGGCCGGCAACAUCGUGCACACCAUGGGCUUCGCGCAGCUCAACCUGGGCAUGGGCCUCGCCAACGUGCUCUACGCGCCCACCUUGCUGGCGCUGCGGCACGUGUGCCAGAUCAAGCCCUCGCGCUCCGAGAGGCGCAUACUGCUGGAUGAGGAAGAGGAGGACGGGAGUGCGGGGCUUUACGACGCCAUCAGGAUGGAGGAGCCCAGGGCGAAGAGGAAGGGGCUCUGCGCGGACACCAGCACCGCCAACAGCGAGACUUACAACGCCUACACUGCCAACGCCACCGCGCACAGCACCAGCACCCCCAACACCUACACUGCCAACAACACAAACACUGCCAACACCAAGACCCCUAAAAUCAGCACAAACACCAGGGCCAACACUGCCAGGACCACCACCACCCCACUCCCUGCAGAUGGAAGCGGACUGGACGCAAUGAUCGCCAGCUCCAGGUCUCAAUCCGAGGAGGAGUCGUCAGGACCUGAGUGCAUUUAGCGGCUAGUUUCGUUCCAAAACAAACAAACAAACAAACAAACAAACAAACAAACAAACAAACACCCCAGACGAGUUGCCAAUCAUGCUGAGCUGUACUAUCCACUCAUAAGUAUGUGUGACUGUAUCCAUACGCAGGUAGGACCUCAGCUUCUAUAGGACAUCAGGUAAACAAGGCUUCUGCUCAUUAAUGUAUUCCUUCUAAUUACGCAAAUGAAGCGCUGUUACUCUGAUGAUCGCACUAGAACUGCUUUGUCACCCAUACGACCCGAAACAGCGUCACUGGACUGAACGGAGCGCACUUUAUCCACCCCAUCUCGGCACGCGCACAUAUAUCAAGCUCAGACUUAAUAAAGCCCCAGUUAUGACCAAACAAACCUCUGACCAAAUGUCCCGAUUCACCCGACUGCGCCCUGCCUGUGUCCUGCUUCGCCUACUCUGAGCUCGCUCUUUCCCGCUUGCUGAGCUGGUCUGGGUUCACCGCCGACCCGGUGCCGCAGGCGCCGGACGGCCGCGGUGUGGAGAAAGCGCGUGAGUUCUGUUAGACAGUCAGACAUCGCGGAACGAGAGAAGAUCAGGAGAAGAAGCUACUAGUCUAUAUUUCCAUAUGAGUAAACGGUAUUUAUUUUCUUUUGGAGGAGGCGGGUCUUUUCUUUGUGGUUUGAAAUAAACGUAAUUGAAUAUUCAGAUGUGAACAUGUUUAGUUUAUUGGGAGGCGCCACCUUUUCAAGGCUGUGAUAUUAUUCGUGUACAUAUGUAGGAAUUUGUAAAUUGAUGUGAAUCUGUGUGCGUAAUGAUUGUGUCUACGUGCGUGUGUGUGUGAGAGAGAGAGUGUGUGUGUGUGUGUGUGUGUGUGUGUGUGUGUGUGUGUGUGUGUGUGUGUGUGUGUGUGUGCGUGUGUGUGUGUGUGGGUGUGUGUGUGUGAAUAAAACGACCCUGGAUGGUAAAGAUGUGUGUGUGUGUGUGUGUGUGUGUGUCUGUGUGUGUGUGUGUGUGUGUGAAUAAAACGACCCUGGAUGGUAAAGACGCGCGUGUGUGUGUGUGUGUGUGUGUGUGUGUGUGUGUGUGAAUAAAACGACCCUGGAUGGUAAAGAUGUGUGUGUGUGUGUGUGUGUGUGUGUGUGUGUGUGUGUGUGUGUGUGUGUGCGUGUGUGUGUGUGUGCGUGUGUGUGUGUGUGCGUUGCUGUCAGACCAAAACGGAGCAGACAGCCUGAUUUUAACGAUGAUAGUUUUGAUAAUAAAAAGCGCU